CUGAUUCUUCACGGAUGAGCGAUCACUGUCGACUAUCAGCAUUCCAUCACAGGCGGACCAUAGGCCCUUCGACCAUCGCUUCUCUACACUCUUGUCUAAAGAUGUUUGCGUUUAUUUACAGUUUCUCCUUGGGAAUUAAGAAAAUACUUUCAUCAGAGGAGUAGACUGCCGAAGAUAUCAAUGCGUUGUGUCGUCCACGAUCAGUCAAUUUAGUAUAUUUAGCGCCGUUCGUCGCAAUUUAAUAUGGCAAGCAGUAAUAAUGCUUCCAAGAAGAAAGACAAGCGAACUACUCUACUCGACUUCGACUUGUCAACAACCUUAGGAACGGGAACAUUUGGAAGAGUAUUACUUUGCCGGGAUCGAAGAUCUGGCGAGUAUCAUGCCUUAAAGAUAAUGAAUAUACGAGAAGUGAUCAGACUUAAACAAGUUGAACACGUCCAAAACGAGAAGAAUAUUUUGUCGAAGAUCGAGCAUCCAUUCAUCGUGAAUUUAUUAUGGACACAUCAUGACAACACAUUCUUGUACAUGCUCUUGGAGUACGCUUGUGGUGGAGAACUUUUCACAUAUUUACGUACAGCAGGAAGAUUUAAUAAUGGUACAGGGCUUUUCUUCGGAGCAGAAAUAGUCUCUGCACUUGACUAUCUCCAUCAAAAUAGCAUAGUGUAUCGUGAUCUCAAGCCAGAAAAUAUUCUCCUAGAUAGGGAAGGACAUGUCAAACUCACAGAUUUUGGCUUUGCUAAAGAAGUUCAUGACAAGACUUGGACUCUUUGUGGUACCCCCGAAUAUCUUGCCCCAGAAAUAAUUCAAAGCAAAGGACAUAACAAAGCAGUUGAUUGGUGGGCCUUAGGAAUUCUCAUAUAUGAAAUGCUUGUUGGGUAUCCCCCAUUUUUUGAUGACAACCCGUUUGGCAUAUAUGAGAAGAUAUUAUCGGGAAAGGUAGAGUGGCCCAAGCACAUGGAAACUACUGCAGCAAAAGACUUGAUUAAGAAGUUAUUAGUUCACGACAGAACAAGAAGACUGGGAAGUAUGAAGAAUGGAACAGAAGAUGUGAAGAGCCAUAAAUGGUUCAAAGUGAUAGAUUGGAAUUUAGUUUAUCAAAGAAAGCUCAAGGCUCCUAUUAUACCAAAGCUAUCCCAUCCAGGCGACACUAGGAAUUUUGACGAUUAUCCAGAGGAAAACUGGAGAUCAGCCCCGCCUCUUAGUGGCAAACUACUGGAGCCAUUUAAAGAUUUUUAAUCGCAGAGAUUUCGUGUAUUUUAGUCAACCAGUUAAUUAUAGCCGGAUUUACCAAGCGAUCUGGUGCAAGUUGAUACAAGAAGAAUUUUUGUCACCCCAAGUAUUUCACAGAAUUCGCUUUCGCCAGAAGCCCAUUUAAUUGUUAUUUUAUUUAUUCUUGGAUAAGUUGUUACUUGUAGACAAUAGAGUGUACCUAUUUUUUAGACAUUCAAAAUGACAUUUCGAAAUGUGAAUCGUAGCAGCCAUCUGGUGUUUUAAUUGUAAUUAGCUAAAUUUAACAUUGUUGUAGAGAGGGGAAAUGGAAAAAAAUACUUAAAGCAUAUCUUUAAUUAGUUUGAUGUAUUACUGUGCUAAAUAUUUUCUUCAUAUUUUCAGUUUUUAUUUCUUAAGCCUCGUUUUGAUAUCGCCAUAAAUUACAUAAUGCAUGAAAUUCUAAGCCACCAUUAGAUAAUGAUGAAAUUAAAUGUAGUUGAUCAAUAGAUUACACUUAAAGGGUGGUAAAAAAUACUGUAGGGAUUAAUCUUUAAUAAUUAAGCCUUUGAAAGGGUAGAAAAGUUAUUUCUUACAUUGUUCGUGUGGCCUUUUUGGACAUCAUGGCAGUGAUUUUGCUGCUCUUAAGAUGAACGAUAAAUUUUAGGAUGCUGAUGAAAAGUAACUGUUGAAAUAUUAAUUUGGACCUUUCCCUCGCGAAUCAUUGGAUAAGAACCAGGUGCUGGUUGAUAGACCAAUAAGGUUGCGGGUUGAUAGACGUAUUAGAUUGUAGUAGUGUUACGUCACGUGACUUGCUGUGCGCUUGGUUUUGUAAAUGGAGAGCACAGUGUAUUUGGGAACGAUGUAGAGAUUGAUUGUAGGGAAAAAAAAGGAAGCACCGAAGUAAAAGAGAGAAAGCUCGCUCGAAGCACUUAAAGACGUUCCGGUCAGAAAUCACCCAACACGAGGUUACUUUUUUAUGCGAAUUAAAAGUUAACAUGUAGAAAACCACGGGUAUAAAGAAUCAAAUAGAAUUCAAUUUUUGUAAAGUGACUGUGAGAGCAGCCAACGUCAAAAUUUUGAAAUAAAAUGUCAUGUACUAAG